UCAUUGUGACGCAAUCCCACAGCCUUCUGGGAAGUGUAGUUUACUCGUUCCUCAGCCGCGGAAAGAUCUAGGGCCGUGGACUACCACUCCCGUGAGGUAGUACGCAAUACCACUGCGUUCGCGGCGCCUUCGAACGCGCCGCGGCAGCCAUGUUGGACGUGGCCAGCACAGGGGCCGGCACCAGGGGGUUAUCCAAGCAGCUGUCAUGAUGCUGGGGUCCCUGGUGUUGAGAAGAAAAGUGCUGGCGCCGCGGCUCCUCCUCCGGUUGCUCACGUCCCAAUCGCUCCGGAGCCAUGGAGGUGCUUCUGGCCAGAGAGUGAUCACCGGGGGUUGCGGGGAGCCGCAGUGGCUGAGGGCAGCCGCCGGGGAGCGCCCUGGAACAUCACUGGCUUUGGUCCACGGACAAGGGGCAGCCACCGGGGGGUGCCGGGGAGGACGCACCGAGUCCCAGUGCUUCACGGCUGCCACGUGGGGACGCUUUCCUGCCCCCGAAGAAACACUCCCGGGACAGGACAGCUGGAAUGGGGUCCCCAACAAGGCCGGACUGGGCAUGUGGGCCCUGGCCACAGCGCUGGUGGUUCAUUGCUACAGCAAGAGUCCAUCCAACAAGGAUGCAGCCCUGAUGGAAGCUGCUCGUGCCAACAAUGUGCAGGAAGUCCACAGGCUGUUGUCAGAAGGUGCAGAUGUCAAUGCAAGGCACAAACUUGGCUGGACAGCACUCAUGGUGGCAGCCAUCAGCCGAAACUACAGUGUGGUACAGGUCUUGCUUGCUGCUGGGGCUGACCCAAACCUUGGGGACGAUUUCAGUAGUGUUUACAAGACUGCCAAGGAACAGGGAAUCCACUCUUUGGAAGUCCUGGUCACCCGAGAGGAUGACUUCAACAACCGGCUGAACAACCGUGCCAGCUUCAAGGGCUGCACAGCCCUGCACUACGCUGUCCUUGCUGAUGACUACCGCACUGUCAAGGAGCUGCUUGAUGGAGGAGCCAACCCCCUACAGAAGAAUGAAAUGGGACACACACCCUUGGAUUAUGCCCGAGAAGGGGAGGUGAUGAAGCUUCUGAGGACUUCAGAGGCUAAGUACCUGGAGAAGCAGCGGAAGCGUGAAGCCGAGGAGCGGCGCCGCUUUCCUCUGGAGCAGCGACUGAAGGAGCACAUCAUUGGCCAGGAGAGUGCCAUCGCCACAGUAGGUGCUGCAAUCCGGAGGAAGGAGAAUGGCUGGUACGACGAAGAACACCCUCUGGUCUUCCUCUUCUUGGGAUCUUCUGGAAUAGGAAAAACAGAGCUGGCCAAGCAGACAGCCAAAUAUAUGCACAAAGAUGCCAAAAAGGGCUUCAUCAGGCUGGACAUGUCUGAGUUCCAGGAGCGACAUGAGGUGGCCAAGUUUAUUGGGUCCCCACCAGGCUACGUCGGCCAUGAAGAGGGUGGCCAGCUGACCAAGAAGUUGAAACAGUGCCCCAAUGCUGUGGUGCUCUUCGAUGAAGUAGACAAGGCCCAUCCAGAUGUGCUCACUAUCAUGCUGCAGCUGUUUGAUGAGGGUCGGCUGACAGAUGGAAAAGGGAAGACGAUUGACUGCAAGGAUGCCAUCUUCAUCAUGACCUCGAACGUGGCCAGUGAUGAGAUCGCACAGCACGCAUUGCAGCUGAGGCAGGAAGCUUUGGAGAUGAGCCGUAACCGUAUUGCUGAAAACCUUGGGGAUGUCCAGAUUAGUGACAAAAUCACCAUCUCAAAGAACUUCAAGGAGAAUGUGAUUCGCCCCAUCCUAAAAGCUCACUUCCGGAGGGAUGAGUUUCUGGGACGGAUCAAUGAGAUCGUCUACUUCCUCCCCUUCUGCCACUCGGAGCUCAUUCAGUUAGUCAACAAGGAACUAAAUUUCUGGGCCAAGAGGGCCAAGCAAAGGCACAAUAUCACACUGCUCUGGGACCGUGAGGUGGCAGACGUGUUGGUCGAUGGCUACAACGUGCACUAUGGCGCCCGCUCCAUCAAACAUGAGGUAGAGCGCCGUGUGGUGAACCAGCUGGCGGCAGCCUACGAGCAGGACCUGCUGCCAGGGGGCUGUACUCUGCGCAUCACUGUGGAGGACUCGGAUAAGCAGCUACUGAAGAACCCAGAACUGCCCUCACCCCAGGCUGAGAAGCGGCUCCCCAAGUUGCGGCUGGAGAUCAUCGAUAAGGACAGCAAGACCCGCAAACUGGACAUCCAGGCACCCCUACACCCUGAGAAGGUGUGCUACACCAUCUAGCAUCUACCUCCUUGCCUAUACGUGCCCUCAACAUCCAAUAAAGGCCCCUCGGCUAUGGCAUGGCAACUGA